ACAGCCGCGGGCGCGCGCUCUCAUGUCAUUUUAAAUUUAUUAUCUGUGAUUAAAUUUUUUUAAGUGUAAAAAUGUUGAAAUACACGGUGAAAAAAUAUUGUGCCGAGGGGAGCAAAAUUAACCAGAUUAUAAUUUCAGUUUUAAUGGUCCUACCAGUAUUCUCAUAUGGCGCUGCAGUGGGAUGGAUGUCACCCAUGGGUCCAAGGUUGAUGUCGAAGGAGACGCCUGCCGCCGAGCCAGUGCACCCUGACGUCAUAUCCUGGAUGGCGUCAGUGGUCUACCUGGUCGGCACACCUACUGUGUUCCUUUAUGGGUACAUCGUCGAUAACUAUGGGAGGAAGAAAGCGUUGUUGCUAACGUCUUUUUCUAUGGCGUUAUGCUGGAUCAUAAAGCUGUACUCUACCGAUACCUGGGCCUUAAUAACAGCUCGAGCUAUCGUCGGCAUGGGAGUCAGUGGGUCUUACGUGGUCACCCCUCUUUACAUCAAAGAAAUAAGCGAGGACUCGAUCAGAGGCACUUUGGGGAGCCUCGUAGUUCUCUCGCAGAAUCUGGGAAACCUAGUAGUGUUUAUUCUUGGAGAGUAUUUGAGCUACAAAGCGAUACUGUGGGUCUGUUUGGCGGUGCCAAUACUCCAUAUACUGUUGUUCAUGACAAUGCCGGAGACACCGUCGUAUUUGUUGAAGUGUGGGAAAGUUGAGGAGGCACGCGACGCGCUUGCCUGGUUGAGGUGCAGGGAUGGCUCCGAAGCAGUUGUAGAUGUAGAGUUACAGAAACUGCUAUUAGAGUUGGAGCAUAGCAAGGCAGGACGGUUUACAACUGCAAUUAAAACUAUAGUAACCGACCGCAGCACAUUCCGCGCGUUCCGCAUCACUCUGAUCAUCACAGUGGCCCGGGAAUUAUGCGGCUGUCUGGCUGUACUGCAUUUCGCUUCCCUGAUCUUUAAAAAAGCAAGUGAUGGGGGCUGGGUUUUGACGCCGAACCAGCAGGCCGCUGUGUUAGGGGCGGUGCAGAUGGUCGGCUCCUGUACGGCUUCUAGCCUUGUGGAAAGGACUGGGAGGAAGCCACUCCUAGGCACCACCUGCUUAGUGUCAGGUAUAGCUAUGUGUGCCCUGGGUGCGUGGUUCUACGCGCAGACCCUCACCGGAGUGACGGGGUCCUCCUGGUUGCCCAUCGCCGCCCUCUGCCUCUGCAUCUACUGCGACGCCGCUGGACUGCAGCCAGUGCCGUUCGUUAUCAUGACCGAGAUGUUCUCUUUUCAACUCCGCGGCACAGUGACGUCGAUAGUGAUUGCAUUUGCCUGCGCGUUAGUUUCGGUAGAAUUGAGAGUCUUCCAGCCUAUGUCUUCCUCCGUCGGUUUGCACUUCGUUUUCUGGCUUUUCGCAGCAGUGUGUAUAGUUAGUACAGUCUACAUAGCCUGUGUGGUUCCGGAGACAAAGCGGCGGUCGUUAGAUGAGAUAUAUGCUGAGAUAGGAGGGAAAGAAACGAAAGACGAAAAAGAUUGCGAAGCUGUUGUUACUAAACUGUAGUUAAGUUUAAAUUGUUUUAUGAGAUUUUAUUUUAAGCCGAUUUUUGUAGAUGAUUCUAAGUGGCUGAAUUUGGUUCCUUGGUAAGAAUAAACCUAAAAGUCGUUUGUAAAAUUAAAAAAGGAAUCUUUUCUGAUUGGUCGAUUUUCGUUGUCGAUCCGAAGAUAGCGUAUAGGAUCGUUUAUUAAAAUCGGCUAUAUAUAAGUAUACUUGUUGCGUUUUAACUGACACAGAUCAAAGCGUUAGAAGAGUUGUGUUUUUCUUGAACGCUCGUCUGCUUUCAUUGUAAUUAUGACGUAAGCGCGUCGACAAAUUUCCAUCUCACAUUCCCAACAACUAGAUUUCCUAUUGAGUAUAUUAUUUUAUCCAGAAUAAAUUUAGUUGAAGGCGUUACCUCGUAAUAUUGCGAAGAGUUUAAUUCUGUCAAAUAUUUUUCGAUAUAAUAUUAACUGUCAUACAAAUUUUCAAACUUCGCCAUAAUUAAAAAUGUUUCAUUUUAAUGUUGUAAUCUUUAUUGUAAUUUUCAUUACAAUAAAGAGGUGACGUAAAAGAAACAAAAAUAAACAUCCAAAAAUAGUUUUCGGGUAAUUUUAUUUUUAAAAUAUUUAACUGUACUUUGUAGUUAGUUGGUUUUAGCUGAAAAAUGUCGAUAAGCAAACGCUUUUGUUAUAAUGAGUACUAUUUACAGCCGUUUUCAAUAUACGAUCUCAAUCUCAAACUUCGAUCCGAUUCCGAGAAUGAACCAAUCAAAAUAAAUAAUUUAUAAGCAUGUCAAAAAGCUUCGUUCUGAUUGGUCCAUUUCGGAGAUAGGUCGGAAAAAGCGAUUAGGAUCGUUUAUUGAAUAUAACGGUUACUGGCUUUCGAAUACUCAAAACUUUAUGUUACACUUAAGAUGUACUUUUAAAUAUAAGUGUACGUUGUUUUUGUUAUAAAAUGUGUAAUGUAUGACCUACCACUUGGCUAUGAAUAGAAGACAUACUCAAGUAGUAGCACAGUACUAGCCAGUACUACACGUAUACUUCGUUGUUAUAAAAAAAUUGUCAACUAAACAUCUAGAUUUCACCGGUAAUUAGCUUAGAAUAACUCAGUUUUUAUGAGGCCGCUACGAGCUUUUCAUAAUAUUGCAACGCUUGACCUAAUACUUGGUCCUGAUCCGUUUAUUUCGGCGUCCCUCCAAGGUCUGUACAUGUUUUCAAACGGCUGUCUUCGGGUCAAUGAUAAGAAAAUACUUAAUAUAACCCAUUGAAAGAAAAUGAAAUAAAUUAUUUCCAGUUAAUCGAUUUCGUUGUUGAUUUCAAGAUAGCACUCAAGAUGGUUCAUUCAAUCGGCUGUAUAUAAGUAGCAGUGUCUGAGCACAACUGGCACCGCCCUAGAUACGGCACUGAGCUUACUUUUUAAAAGCUGUUAUAUUUGAUUAUUUUGUACUAAAACAAAAAAAGAUUUAUUGUUGUUGACUGCUUAAUAAUUCGUUAUACGUAGUGUACUUAAUUUGGCAAUUAUUUACUAUCGGUUUCAAUAAACGAUCUCAAUUUUAAUCUCCGACUGAUCCAGAGAAUAAACCAAUCAAAAUACGUCAUUUGUAAGCAUGUCAAAAAGCUUUGUUCUGAUUGGUUCGUUUUCGCGAUGGAUUUAAAAAAAGAUUGGUGUCGUAUUGAUUACGGUAGUUAUAGUGUGUUAAUGGUUACUUGAAGCUUCUCCAGACCCAGUAAUGCGGCGUGUUAGCACUACUGCUUCCCGUUGCUCCACACAAUGUCUGACACAAAUUAGUGAUAUUUGUAGUUUAGGUUAUUUUAGUGCCAUUUAUGUACUUAAGAUAUUUUGUGUAUACUUUUGUUAGAAGCUAGAUUUAUAUUUUAAUAAGAAAUAUUAAAUUUAAUUGCAAUUGA